GAAACCAACCCUUAAACUACUCGGUAAGCCUUAACUCUGUGCUGUUCGUGUGGGGCUUGCGGGUCUGACRCUUUCCUCUCUCCUCUAGGAUUAGAAUGGGGAACCAGCUGCCAACUCCCGYAGGGCUGUCCAGUGAUGCUGCUGCUGCCAACCAAGUGCAGGAGAUUAUUUCAGACAACUGUGUCGUAAUUUUCUCUAAAACAACAUGUUUCUACUGCAAAAUGGCCAAAAAGCUUUUUAAUGGUUUGGAUAUAAAUUACACAGUCGUAGAACUCGAUGUGAAUAAAAAUGGAAGUCAGUUCCAAGAUAUUCUCGAACAGAUGACUGGCGGCAGAACAGUCCCGAGGGUGUUUGUCAAUGGAACUUUUGUUGGAGGUGCUACAGAUACACAAAGACUUCAUGAGGAAGGCAAGCUGCUUCCGUUAGUUCAUCARUGUCAACUGAGAGGAAAAUUAUAAACAGCCAUUUAGCCUAGAUUAGUUUUUUUUUUUUCCUUAGCCUUUUGCACAGUUAGAAUUUCAGACCAGUUGAAAGAACAAAGUUAUCACAAUCCGGCUGAACCUAGCGGGAUGUCAAGAUACAGCUUUCUGAAACCCAGAUCACUUUCUGACACAGAACUCAUGGGCAUGGCGAAGUAUUUGGUUUAUUUGCUUCAGUUUUACUGCAAUCAAAAUGGUGAUAAAAUCCAUCAUCUACCUCGUGGGGUUUGUAAGCGAUGAUGUCACACAGCUGGUGUCUUUUUUUUUUGCUGUUAUGUGCUGACACUUUGGAGAAGUAGAGAUUUUUUGUGUUACAAAAAUACUAUACCAGUGCCUAUGAAAUGGAUAAUAAUGAGACCUGUGUUGCCAUUUCCUACAAAACUUUUCGUGAAGAUUUUCUGCACAAUGCUGAAGUUUUGGA